AUGACGACUGCAAAUUUAAGUCACAUUUUCCGUAACCCCAUGAUACCAACUCUCCAUUUCAACUAUCGGUACUUUGAGGUGGAGCAGGAAGGGGAGACUCAGUGGUGGUUUGGGGGUGGGACGGAUCUCACUCCGUAUUACUUGGAUGAAGAGGAUGUAAAGCAAUUCCAUGGUACUCUGAAGAAAGCCUGUGACAAACACAACCCCCAACACUACCCAGACUUCAAGAAAUGGUGCGAUAACUACUUUGUUGUGCAUCACAGGGGUGAGCGACGUGGAGUGGGAGGGAUAUUCUUUGAUGAUCUGGACACGCCCUCUCAGGAAGAAGCCUUUGCCUUUGUCCAGGAAUGUGCCAAUGCCGUUAUACCAAGCUACGUGCCUAUGAUCAAGAAACACAUGAAUGAUGGGUAUGGACUGAAAGAAAGAGAAUGGCAGCUGCUCAGACGUGGAAGGUAUGUUGAGUUCAACCUUGUGCACGACAGGGGUACAAAAUUUGGACUUUUUACACCCCAAGCAAGAAUAGAAAGCAUCCUGAUGUCAUUGCCUCUCAGUGCAAAAUGGAGAUACAAGCAUUCUCCUGUAGAAGGAUCUAAGGAAGAUGAGCUGAUGAAAGUUCUCAAGACGCCAAAGGAAUGGGUGUAAUCUCCAAUCUGGUAGGAACAAUUUAUCGUAAGAUCCUUGUUGGCUCUUCACUGAAGAUUUUGGCCAUAAGGCACAUGAAGAACAUCAUAUUUUAUGACAAGGUAAUCUCUGAAUCGAUGCUCAUCUGCAAUUGAACUUAUUUUAUUUGAUGCAGCAAAUCAAGCAUAUGCUUCAAUACACGUCCCAUAGGUUAGCCUUUUCAGUUUACUUUUUAGAAUUCCCUUCUUUUUUUUUUACACGGUUGCAUCAUGGUCGCACUUCUUAACUUUACUUUCUAUUUUGCUUAUGUAACAUUCCAAAUCAAUCAAUCAAUUCGGGCAAUUCACAAUGCAAUGCGCCACGGAGAGUUUAUUUUUCCCAGUGCAUUGUGGGAGAUGGUCGGCAAAG